GUGGUGGGGCUCGGCUUGGGAGGGGGGUGCGCACGAGCCGAGCCCCCCUCCCCGAAUCAGGCGACUCAGCCCAGGAUGCUGCGCUUCUUACGCAGGACCUUUGGCCGGCGCUCGAUGCAGCGUUACGGGCGAGGCGGUGGUGGCGGCGGCGGCGGCACUGGGGAAGGAGACGAGCGCGAUGGGGCGCCGAGAGGGGCAGGCGCAGCCUCGCCGCUCGCUUCCGCGCACAGCGCCCCGGCGGUGCAUCACAUCCAAGCGGCCGCGGCGGGCGGGAAAGGGGCGCUGCAGUGUCGGGUGCAGCUCCUCGACGGCGUCGAAGUCAGCGUGGAGCUGGCGAAACAUGCAAAAGGACAAGAUUUAUUUGAUCAGAUUGUAUAUUAUUUGGACCUUGUGGAAACAGAUUACUUUGGCCUACAGUUCAUGGAUACAUUCCAGGUUAUGCACUGGUUGGACCAUUCAAAACCCAUAAAGAAGCAAAUAAAAAUGGGCCCACCGUAUAUGUUUCAGUUUCGAAUCAAAUACUAUUCUUCAGAACCAAACAACCUCCAUGAGGAAUUCACAAGGUACCUCUUUGUAUUACAACUAAGACAAGAUAUUCUUUCAGGAAAAUUGAAAUGCCCUUAUGAAACAGCUGUGGAACUUGCAGGUUUGUGCCUCCAAGCUGAGCUUGGUGAGUGUGAACUUCCUGAACAUACUCCAGAACUUGUGUCAGAAUUCAGAUUUACUCCUAACCAAACGGAAGCAAUGGAAUUUGAAAUUUUUCAGAAGUGGAAAGAGUUCAGGGGAAAGAGCCCUGCCCAGGCAGAAAUGUGCUACUUGAACAAAGCAAAGUGGUUAGAAAUGUAUGGAGUUGAUAUGCACAUAGUAAAGGGAAGAGAUGGUUGUGACUACGCUCUCGGAUUGACGCCAACGGGUAUCUUGAUCUUUGAAGGAGCAAACAAAAUAGGCUUAUUUUUUUGGCCUAAAAUCACUAAAAUGGACUUCAAAAAGAGCAAACUGACACUUGUGGUGGUAGAAGAUGAUGAUCAGGGUAGAGAGCAGGAGCACACGUUUGUUUUCAGACUGGACAAUUCUAAAACGUGCAAGCACCUCUGGAAAUGCGCGGUGGAGCACCAUGCCUUCUUCCGGUUGCGCACACCUGCAAACAGUAAAUCUAGUCGGUCAGAUUUUAUCCGGCUGGGGUCUCGUUUCCGAUUCAGCGGUCGAACAGAGUACCAGGCAACGCAUGGAUCCAGGUUACGCAGAACCAGUACAUUUGAAAGACGACCCAGCAAGCGGUACCCGUCCCGAAGGCAUUCAACUUUCAAAGCAAGCAACGCUCUCAAAGCAUCCCAGCUUUGUGCUAAAAAUAAUCCAGAAAUCCAUAAUUAUCAGGCUUUGCAUCACCCAAAUAUGAUUCCUGGUCAAUCACACUGGCACCCCCAUCCUCCUGUGACUGUAAGGCCACCCUAUCAUGAUGAAAAACACUAUUGGAAGCCAUCCCCAAGUGGAGAGGACAGCAGUUUACGGUAUAUCCACGAACAGAAUCAGAAGAACAUAGGCGGGACCCCGAGCUUGUUCUAUCAGGAUAAGCUCAUGACAACACUUUGAGAAAUCACCAUCUUUUUACUUCAUGCACCAUCUCAAAUCCUCAUUGCAUUCCAUAAAAUGUUCUGUGUACAUUGCAAAUAAGUUGUAAAAAUGGUGUCAUAAACCAUAGCCCAUAAUAUGUAGACAUAUUUGCAAGUUAUAUUUCCUGUACUUUGGAAUGAGCUAAGGAUUAUGGUAGAUUCCACUGCCCCAAAUUCUGGAAUGUCGCAGGUUGCUUGGGGUUGUUGUUUUUACAUCCUAGUCUGAUGUAGCAGUCUAAUUUUUAUUUUUUGCUGUUUGCACAUUAUGCUUAAUUCAUCUAUUCUGUGGUUUCAUUUAUGAAUCAAAUCCAGCAACAAUCAUGUUGUCUUUUUUUAAUUUCUUUUUGCUUUGAGUAAUACUGGAAUCAAGAGUCAGGAUAAUUGUAGUUAUAAAACAUGAAUUAAUGGCCAGUGAUAAAGGGAUCCAGAGAACUAAUCAAAUACUUAAAACAAAACAAAGAUCUGUUUUAUCCCCAAAUUACAGUUCUUGUGCCAGAAAACUACUAGAGUUUUUAUACUUUUUUAUGUAGUGCAUUUGACCAUUCAGAUUUUAUCAGUUUCUAUCAGUGAUGUAAUACUUGCUGCUAUUAUGUAAUAUAAUGUAUCCAUGUGAUGUCAGAAACAGUGCCUUAAUAACAGGCCAUGCUGCCUUUCAUUAGAUUGUUAAUGGGGGUUUAGAUAAUAGAGGAGCAGCAGAAAGAAAGAAUACCUUAAUCUGGUGAAGCUUCUCACACGAACCCUUUUUCAGACGCUAACUUCUCUUCCAGUCCCAUAUUUCUUUGGGCCAGGACUCAGGCUCAUAUGUUCCCUUAC